GUGGUGUGGUUAUUUAUUAUUACGGGGACACUGGCUGAUGGUGGAAAUUGUAUUAGAAAUCAUACUAUUUUGGAAACUAGUGGCGAUGCCAUUUUGACAGUAUUCGUGGACAUAUAUCACGGAGAAUCAUGCAACGAAACAUCAUCAAAAGGCUUCCAAGAGCUAACGACAGCACUUUACGUAACGUCAACCUUAAACAAAAACGACUACAUUCCCGGGAUUUCUCUAGGCCUCAAGAUCAUAGAUACUUGCCGUGAUUCAGCAACUGUAGCACGCGAGUCCCUGAUCAUCGCAACUGAAUGCCCCGAGGUCUAUUCCCUGGGGAUCCUGGUCCCCUUUCACUACCACGGAGUCUUAGAACCGAUCUCCAGCUACACUGACCUAUCGAUCACUUUCUAUGGCUCCCAAAUAAUUCCCAGCAUUAACAUGGGCUUAGAUUUCAUCACCCGAAAUUUCCAUACUAUAGAUUUACUACUGACGGAUUCGACCUCUACCUUCGAGAUAUUUUUAAACCAGUCCCAGUUCCUGGAUCUCUGCAUCAAGAGCUACGAUGACGUGUCGCGGGUUGAAGAUGACCAGGAAGCGACGAUUGUUAUUUUAGGUGACGAAUUUUUUAUCCGUUCCUGGCUGGAAGUUGAGCGAAUUAAUGUUAUCAAGACCUGGAUCAUUAUUCCUUUAGACGAUUCUGACGUUACUGAUAUCGUCCCACUAGGAUCGUACGUCUUGAUGCCCGAAGCCCGGGUCCUACACCCAGCGGACUCUGAUUCCUCAGCCGAUGAAAUAAAGAUUCCAGUCCCCAUGAUCUUCAGUAUCGGCAGCCCCCUGAUCGGAAUUGCCGACCUGUUUUCGUCUCUUCAAGUGUCCAACUGCACAGAAGCCUGCGUCCUUCCCUCAUUCGACUCAAAACUACUGUCCGCAGUUCCCGGGCCCCGGGUCAUAGAAGCUCUCAACCUCGACCUCGAGUCAAAGUCAGUAAAAUGGGGAUUUUACCAACGACUGGACCCAGCAGAUCAGCUGCAGCAAGUCCUCGAGUAUCAGGUGGCCGUCGAUUCGUUUAAAAUCCGACCCGGGAAGAAUAGACCCCGGGUCAAAGUCCCAAAGAACGGGACCCAUUUCUGCGAGGAUCAGUCCCAGUUAUGUGAAUGUAUCAACAAAAAGAAAACUCAACCCGUUCCGAAGACCACAGAAGCUACAGACGAAAGUCCUUACCAAGUUUUCAUUUUGAUCAACCCCUGGGCCAUAAUUUUCCUGAUUUUUGUCGCCUUCGGGGCAUUAAUUUGUCUUUGUAUCUGCGGAUUUAUUCUCUACCGGUUCAUCGUCGACGAGUUUAUGGACGGAAACCCUCUGCUGACUUUUAUUUUAAUCCUCGGAACUAUUUCCAUGCUCAUGUCUGUCGUAAUUUUCUGUUUGAGUGACAAUACAGCAGACCACGAGUACCUGAACUCAUUCAAAAUUUUAGCGGCCACCAUUUCUAUGGGAUUCGUCUUGUCGAUAAUGCUCGCGAGAACUUUUUUCCUCGCUUUUUCUACCAAAGGUGUAUUCUCUAGUCACAUUAAUGGAUACUUACAAACUGUAAUGGCGUUUUUUAUCAAUGCAGUUCAAGUUGCGGUUUCCGGGGUCUUCUUCUUGGUCAAUAGAAAAAAUUCUCAAGAAGUAUUGUCUAGUUACCAGUUUAUCGCGUUGUCAAGUUACAAUAUAUUUCUCCUCUUAACCCUCCUCGGAAUGUGCGCCCUGGUCUACUCAAUACCCCGGAACUACCGAGAAGGCCGAAGCUUUCUUUUCACAAGUCUCGGACUCCUGGGAGUCUGGAUCAUCUGGAUCUCGACGUUCUUUUUAGUACCGCCAUCAUGGCGGGAAACAAUAAUCGCAAUAGCCUUGAUAACUACCUCCUACACCCUAAUUUCCGGUUUAAUCCUCAAGGUAUUCUAUAUUCUUACGCAUAUAGAGCGACAAAAUGACGUCCGCAGCCCAUUUGAAAAUUCAGAGUUCAGAUCCGAGCCACGACGCAGGUCAUUCCGUCAAUCACGACGGCCAUUCCACGACUACGUUCUGCCAAUGGAAGGUGUCCGUAAUCAAGCGCGUUUACAAACGGAGCAAAAUUUUUAUGGUAAUUCUAGUCCGGGGAACCGAUCUGUCAGUGAUAAUGUCGGCAAUAAUUAUGGCCACGGACAAAAUGGUCAUGGGCAUAGACAUGGGCAUGAUGGACAUGGAAAUGUAAAAACCAUUGGUUUCAAUAAUUAUGGAUACUCGGAUAUGCAUGAAACUGAAAAUCAUUACGUCGUUCCAAAAGUUUGCGUACAAAAUCCUGCUAAUCGAAAAAAAGGAACAAAAGUUGAUGUGAAUUACGCACAACCGGUUUACGAUGUCCAUAAUUACCAUGAGAGUUUACAAAAAAAUAGUCAUCAGUACGAUAAUGAUAACAAUGAAGAUUGCAUGGAAGCGGAAGUUUAUUUAGAGGCGAAACGUCUCUCCCCCACGCGCAGAGGACGCAAUGAAUCCUAUCCUUCGCGGUCUCCAAGUCCGCGGUUGUAUCAAACGGAAGCGACCAUUGAUGAGGAGGAUGAGACCAAUGAAGAAGUUGCUAAAAUAACUCAUUUUUAA